CUUGGUAGACGAAUUCAGUCUCUUACGACCAGCAAGUGAAUUACUAUAGUAGCAGGAAGACAUUCGCUAACAGCAAUUGGCUUUGUUCGCUGCUAUUAACAACAAAACAUUAAACAACAACAAGUAAGAUUUGUGCGUGAGUCAUUUUAACUUCUMGUCUACGAAGUCCACAUUUUUCCAAACAACAAAAUGUCACAACCCGUCGUGCAAAUGACAGCCGAACAGCUGCAGUCACUGAUCGAAUCGGUGCGUUUGGCAGCCGUUGCAGGGGCCAGCGCUGCUGCACCCGCCACUCUCCACAGCAAAGGCAGUUUCACCAACUGUACUAGCCGUUUUGGUGGCCAGCGCGAUCACGAAGCCGUUGAGGAGUUCAUAACUUCCAUUGUGACCUACAAAGAAAUCGAAUCAAUCAGCGACGAGGAUGCACUAAAGGGGCUGUCUUUAUUGUUCUUCGGAUUGGCGUCCACUUGGUGGCAGGGCGUGCGUAAAGAAGCGAAAACUUGGGGAGAHGCCAUWGCGUUGAUUCGCGAUCACUUCUCACCCACCAAACCCGCCUACCAGAUUUACCUCGAAAUCUUCGAGAAUCAGCAACGCGACAAUGUGCCCAUCGACACAUUUGUUUGCCAGAAGCGUGCGCUACUCGCACAACUGCCAGAGGGACGUCACGAUGAGGAGACCGAAUUGGAUUUGGUUUAUGGUUUGCUGAACAUCAAGUACCGUAAGAAUAUACUGCGUCAGGACCUUAAAACAUUCCGUGAAUUGUUGGAGAAAGGUCGUAUAAUCGAACACAAUAACUUGGAGGUUGAAGCAGAGCAAAACGGGCCAAUGCGUGGUUCGAAGCGCACCAAGCGUUGUACCCAUUGCAACUUCCGUGGUCACACGUACGAGGAAUGUCGCAAACGGAAAUCUGCGAACGAAGGCAACGAAUAAGUAAAAUAACACAUUCCACUUCAUCAGCUCCAAUAAUUACUCAGACAUUCACGCAUACAACAAAUCCAAUGACGACAACCAGCGCACAAUACCAAACAACCACAAUGAAACAAAUAAUGGAUAAUGAUGUCACCAGCCGGUGAAGUCUCAGUCCGAGCAGCUUGCGUCGCAACCAAAUCACUGAAGCAAAACUUUCGCUCUCAUCAAAGCUGAAGCUAUGCAGCAGCGUCGAACUUUGGUCAAUUUGGUAUACAGCGGCAACAGCAGCAACAAUACUACUAAGUUUUAGUAUAAGUAUAAGCAUACAUACAUACACACAUAUAGUUAUUGCGAACUGAGUUGCUCACACACACGCUUCUCUUCGAUUCUAGUGGACGUUUUACAUUGGAGGGCAAAGUUUUUGUCCAAAGAUUGUUAAUACUUCCAAAAGAGGAGAAGAAGGCAGUGGCUUCUCAGAUUCGUCAAAAUCAUUCCGCCGCACGCUGUGUCUAACACGGCUCCUCAUGGCUACGAACGCCAUUAAAUCACAAGUAGUGAAAYCAAGAAUUUUGAAUCAAAGUCGGUUCUUCGGAACCAAAAACCGAGUCACGCAUCUGAUCAGCUAUGCUUCAAUAAUAUUGGGAGCAGUUUGCCUCGCUUGGAAAUUCAGGCAAUGCUCGAGUUUCCUUCUUCAAUCGAAAUUUGCAUUGGCCUAUUCCCUUGUUUUGUUCGAGUGGAAAUUCGUGUGCAUGCUGUAACGACUGUGAUCUCCUCGGAAUCCCAGCUGUUCAACAUGCAUUAACGAAUUCCGGCUUUUUCAAACGAGUGCCUUUGGUCAUUGUUUUCCGAUCGAAGAAUGAAAUAUCUCUUUUGUUUGUUUGAAUUUCUGAGUUUUGUUGCUGAUUGCUCACUCUAUGAACAUGGUUGAGAAGAUGAGUAACUCAAAAUCCCGUUGUAUUUGUCUGCGGUUGAGUGUGGUACAAGCGUCUACGAAUGAGAGCUUGAUUGGAUCAGGCCUAUAUAUUUGUUUGAUAUGGUUUGGCUCAGAUUGGCAUCUGGUAGACUCUUGGUCCGGCAUUUCGGUGUUGUUCUAAGAGUUCUAUCGAGUCGGUGUGUUUUAAUCCAUAGUUACAAAUGUUCAACUUUUCCAAUUUUGCAUUCAUCAAGAACUAGGCUUUUUGAACUCUCUUAUUCGCUCUCAAAUGCGGCAAAAAACCAACCGUUACACUUGGAAGUGCUGUCUGACAUUUUGUAUUCCGAAUAAAUAUGUUGGGCUAUACGAUGGAUAUUGCUGUGUAGGCGGUUCCAACUGUUGCCAUUCGCACUUCAGUGUGUAUUCCUUCGGGUAUAUGCAUUGUAUGCGAGCGGUAACUGAUGGAUCCAAUGACAUGGCUUUGUUCUCGCAUAGUCCACAUACGAAUUCGGCUUGCAAGCGUGUUGACAGUAACUCUGAGUGCGACAAAAAUAAAACUUGCUCUCGAGCAAAUUUUGCCAUACAUAUAUAUUUUAUAUGUAYAUUUAAUCCGAAUUGUAAAGAAAUUGUACAACGAUGGCUAGACUGUCGCCAUUCGUACAAUUGGCACGCCAAAUUGAUGAUUUGCAUGUCAAGCUAGUUGAAAAAACAUUGACUKCAGCUUCAAGCGUUGGCUCGCCACUCAAAAUGCAUUCAUGCAUUUGCUCAAUUAAAAUGUCUAGAUUGAUCUCUCAUUUACCUCCGGAAUGGGAAGAUGAUCUUAGCCCAUGUAAAAACCCCAAAUAUUUCUCAUGUAAUGUUGUUAWAGGCAGUAUUUGAAUACCGUCAUCACGUGAGUGGGAACUACCAACCAACCAUUUGCCGAGAACGCCGCAUUUUGGAGGACCUGGCAAAUAAUYCGGUUUAAAUGGGGUUGGUGGUAUCACCUGCUAAUAAU